AUGCUCCAGAAAACAAAUCCAGGAACAAUAAUCGACAUAGAGAAACAAGAUGAUGAUAGUUUCAAAUAUGCAUUUGUUGCAUUGAAUGCUGCUAUUAAAGGUUGGCCAAACUGCAAACCAAUCAUCGUUGUUGACGGUACAUUCCUAAAGGCCGCGUAUGGAGGCACGUUGCUCACUGCCAACACACAAGAUGCAGAAUUGAAAAUAUUUCCACUUGCAUACUACAUAGUUGAUUCUGAGAACGAUAAAUCAUGGGAGUGGUUCUUCAAAAAAAUAAAAGAAGUAUUCGGGGUUCGAGAAGAUCAAUGCCUAAUAUCAGACAGACAUGAAAGCAUCAUCAAAGCAACUAGGAAAGUGUUCCUUGAAAUAACACAUGGCUACUGCAUCUUUCACCUCUUGUCCAACCUGAAAACAAAAUUCAAAAAGAAUGCAAAGCAUUUUAGAGGUCCAUUCUUUGCAGCCGCAAAAGCUUACAUGGAAAUUGAGUUUGAAUUUCAUAUGAGGGAGCUAGACAACUUGGAUAAGCGCAUAAGACCAUAUCUGGAACAAAUUGGCCAUGAAAAAUGGUCAAGGUACUCUACCAUGACAUCUAACAUAGCUAAAGCACUGAACUCAGCAAAUUUAGUAGCAAGGGAAACACCAGUGACAACAUUAAUGGAGUGCUUGAGGGCACAAAUGCAAGAGUGGACAUACAAUAAUAGAAAGGAGGCACAAAAAUGCACAAGUGACCGGGAUCACCUAGCUUGUUUUCCACUCAAGUCGUCUCGUACACUUGAGUUCAAAACUAAGGUAAGGGGAAAGCAAAGGUUGAGCAGCCAUGAGUUCGAGGUCGUAGGAGCAAUGUACAUAUCAGCCGCUGUGUAUCGGCCCAGUAAUCAGGAUGCUCUAUUUUGA